UUUCUGAUCGCUCACAACUCCCGGCAUUUGCUCUCGCUCUUUCAGGCUGAUGCAAUGACUAAAGAAAAAGUUAACUCGAAUUUUCCCAUCGUUCGCGUCGAAGACGAACGAAUAGAUUUCAUAAAGGAGCAGGCGUUUAAGUCGUUAAAGGUAAAAUCGGAAAAGUGGAAUAAAUUCAUUGCGGUGGAUGAAAAUAAAAAACUGCUGCUGGAUUUUUUCGACGAAGUGCGGAAUGGAAGGCUGCUGUUCUUUACUGGAGCAGGAGGAGCUCUGCACGCUGACUCACAGUUGACCUUCCCAUCAAAAAGCAAAAUGCUUUAUAUUUUCAAAAACUGUAGUGGAAAUUUGUCGGAUAAUAACCACGUAAAUGAACUGAUGCUUGGAGAGAUCUUGCAACACCCAGUGGAGCAUCUUGCAGUUUUAAUCAAUGAGGUACUGGUUCCGAUCUUGUCCAAUUCAAAUAAUCAUUUGGGGUGGCCACAGGCUAUAUCCUACGAUGUCAGAAAACAUAUUGAAAUGAUAAAAAGCAGAAUAUCUGUUGUUCAUGGUCAAAUGGAAGGGAAGACUAUUUUGCCAUUGCCCCUUGUUCCUGAAAGUGUAUAUGAAAACCAAGAAAUUGAAAUUCAUGAUAACCUUUCACAAUUGGACAAAUCAAUACUUCAUUCCAUUGAGUCCAUGGUGAUCCAAUGGAUGCAUCAGAUCACAGAUGUAAUGAGUCAAGAUUCAGUUGAUGACUUAUUUGAAGAAAUAAAUCCUACUCCAAGUUCAGAGAUUUACUUUUGGAUGGCAAGGAAAGAAAAUUUGCUUGGAAUAUAUAAGCAGCUCCAGAAUCCCAAGGUUUACAAAAUAGCUGAUAUUCUGAGAAUUGGGAAAAGCAGCUAUUAUUCUACCUUCAAAAAUACAAUCUUGAAAGUCACAGAAGGUGUCUCUGAGGCUCAAGACAUUGAAUUGCAUCUCCGAACUUUGAAAUGCUAUCUAUCGCAAUUGGAGGAAUUAAACUUCACCGAAAUUGAGCCACUUAUUACUCCCCUUUUCCAUACUAUUUGCUUGAUAUGGAGCCAUUCCAGAUACUAUUGCUUCCCAUCAAGAAUUAUUAUCUUGCUACAGGAAUUCUGCAAUCUUAUUAUCAACCAGGCAUUAAACUAUCUAGUUCCUGAAGAGAUUUUUAAAGUUGAGACAGAAGAAGCAUUGGAGAAGGUGCAACUUGCCAUUCACAUAUUGGAAAGCUUUAAGAACUGUUUCCAUCAACACAGAUUAAACAUUUCUCGGUAUUACAGUAACACCAUGGAAGUGAAACAUUGGGACUUCCCUACCCAAAUGGUCUUUGCUCGUUUUGAUAGAUUUUUUGCCUGUUUGUUAAAAAUUGAGGAACUGUUUAAUACAGCUAUGGACUUUUUUAAACUGGAGAGAAUUGAAAUAGGAGGUUUCAAAGGAAAAGCUUUCAGUGAAAUAAUAUAUGGUAUCAGUGAAGAAUUUCAGGAACGUUGGCGAGUAUUUGGAGAAAGCAAGUAUGAUCCACUUGAUUACAACAACAAGGAAUUUUUGUCGGAUCACAGCAAAUUCAUGGAUCAGUUACUUGAUUUUGACAAACGAUUAGGCUCAGUGCUGAAUCUUGCAUUUCAGAAUUCAGAAUCUCUGGAAUCGGCUUUUAAGGUUUUGUCAAUAUUUGGUGUGCUGCAAAGACGACCUGUCAUUGCUAAUGUUUUUGCUGUGAAAUAUACCAACCUUCUCUCAAUGUUUGAGGCAGAAAUCGACAGCUGCAAAGAAAUUUUUGAUAAACAAACAAAGGUGAAGAUGAAUAAUGUAAUAUUGCAUAAGAAUAUGCCAGUGAUAGCAGGCAACCUGAAGUGGUCCCAAGAGCUUCGUGAAAGAAUAUUAAGUCAGAGAAAUCAAUUCAGACACAUUAAUCACCAUAGUCUACAUACAAAGGAAGCAAAUCUAGUUUUCCAGAAAUGUGACAGAAUGUUAGCUUUAAUCGAUAGCUAUGAUCAACAAAUCUACUCAUUGUGGAUAGAAAGUCUAGAUGCUGAUUGUCAGGCAAACUUGAAUCAACCAUUUCUCAAACGGAAUGAAGAAUCUGGUUUAUACUCUGUGAACUUUAACCCUGAGCUUUCAUCUGUGCUUCGUGAGGUCAAAUACCUUGGGUUGCUGAAAGGAUUUAAUAUCGCAGAUGUAGCAUUACAUUUGUAUUCAAAAAGAGCGAUUCUUGAUAGGUGUGUUGAAAACUGGAAACUGAUAACUGACAUCUACAAUAAACUACACGUCUCCAUACUGGAAGUGGAAUUUCCACUUGUUGAGCAUGAAUUAAAGAAAAUUAAUGAACAGUUGAGACCUGCCACAGAAACCUUAACAUGGCAAACAGAGGAUUCAUGGGAAUAUAUCCAACAGACUAGACAGCUGAUGCAAGAUCUGAACAGUAGAAUGCAGAAAAUCAAAUGUAAUGUAGAGACAAUUCAUUCAAUUGUACAAGACUGGAGUCAUGCAUUGUUUUUUCUGCAUAAUAAAUAUGACUCUGCAACACUGUUUCUUGACAAGGAAGAGAAAAUGAUGAAAAAUUACAAAUUCAUUCAAGAUGGAGGAGAAUCAAUUCACCAACUGGUUGAGGAUAAUCUUCACCUGUUCUAUGCAGAUGACCAAGCUGAUGAAUGGAAAGUGUAUGCUGAGUACAUUGAUCACAUAAUUUUAGAUGGGUUCUACAUUACCAUUAAAUCCUUUCUUCAAUAUCUAAAUGAAUAUACAGAAACUUUGCCCAAGUCACCACCUCAGUUUGAAGUACAGCUGGUUCUUCAUGGGUGUGAAUUGUCGUUCAAUCCUCCAUUGGACCUUGAAAAGAGGAACAAUUUUUGUGAUCUCAUAGAAGAAUCAAUAAAUGAUGUAUACAAAAUGGGUUCUAAAGUAAAAAGAGUAGCAAAACAUCUUGGAAUUGACACCUAUCAGCAAGAAAUAGAUACAAUGAGUGAUUUGGCUGUGAUGCGUCAAAAGAUCAUGAACAAAGUGAGAAGAGCUGUUGCCAAAGCAAUAAAAUAUCAAGCUUCUUUUGACAAAUACAGCUAUCUGUGGAUGAAUGACCGAAAAGAAUUCAUGAGGCAGUUUCUCCUCUAUGGUCGUUCACUGUCUUCAGAGGAGCUUGAAGUUCAAGCAGACUGUGGACUUCCAAAGUGCCCACCUCAACUGGAGCAAUUUAGAGAGCAGAUCAAUAUUUAUGAAACACUAUAUGUCCAAAUUAGUGCCUUUGAAGAUGUCCACACUUUUGGAUGGUUUCAAGUCAGCAUUAAACCAUUCAAACUAUCCUUGUUAAAUAUAAUAAAAAGAUGGAGCUGGAUAUUUAAGGAACACCUUCUAAACCAUGUGAUCACUAGUGUCAAUCAAUUGCUGUCAUUUAUUACUAUAACUGAGGAGGGAAUUGCGAAAAAGGUCCAGGAUGGUGAUUACGCUGGCCUGGUUCAAAUCAUGGCACAUCUAAUGGCAAUCCGAGACAGGAAAUCAACUGCAAAUGAUACUUUUGAAUCUCUGAAAGAAACAGCAGAAUUACUAAAAACCUGUGGACAGCAGCUUUCUGAACAUAUUUAUGCUGGGCUUGCGGAGCUGCCAGAAAAGUGGAAGAACCUUACAAAGAUUGCUUUAACUGUAAAGCAUGAAGUGGCACCUUUGCAGACCAAUGAAGUAUCUGUUAUCAGAAGAAAAUGUGUACAGUUUGAGGAAAAUCAAUGCAAAUUCAGAGCACAGUUUAGGAAUGAAGCGAUUUUUAGGUUUAAUACACGUGACCCAUAUACACUUCUAGACAAGACACAUUGGCAUAUCAUCCAGCUCGAAGCAGAAAUGCACAAUCUUCAAGAAACAGCUGAGCUAUUUGAAGUGAAUGUACCAGAUUAUAAGCAACUCAAACAGUGCCGUUCAGAUAUUAUUCUGUUGAAGUCUGUGUGGGACAUGGUAUUUCUUGUUCAGACUAGCAUUGAUGAUUGGACCAAAACGCAGUGGAAACAAAUAAAUGUUGAACAAAUGGAUAUGGAACUGCGAAGGUUCACGAAGGUGAUGAAAACACUUGAUAAGGAGGUUCGACUUUGGGAUGUCUUUGCUGGAUUGGCAUCUAUGGUGAAAAAUAUGCUGACUUCGCUUCGGGCUGUUACUGAGUUACAGAACCCUGCAGUCAGAAUGAGGCACUGGCAGGAAUUAAUGAAUGCAACUGGGGUUGGCUUUGUUAUGGAUGCAGACACUACCCUAGGGGACUUGUUAGCUCUGCAGCUAUAUAGGGUAGAAGAGGAAGUCAAAAACAUAGUGGACAAAGCAGUAAAGGAAAUGGCAAUAGAAAAGGUGCUGACAGAGAUUAGUCAAACAUGGAGUGUAAUGGAAUUUUCAUAUGAAACACACCAUAGUACAGGAACUCCAUUACUCAAAUCUGAUGAAAAUCUGAUUGAAACACUGGAAGAUAAUCAGGUUCAACUGCAAAACAUUUUGAUGAGCAAGUAUGUGGAAUAUUUCUUUGUGGGUGUCUGUAGUUGGCAAAAGAAACUAAUGGUUACUGAUUUGGUCAUCUCUAUGUGGAUGGAAGUGCAACAAACAUGGGCUUACUUGCAGAGUAUUUUUACUGGUUCUGAAGAUAUUAGGAAUCAACUUUCUGAAGAUGCUAAACGAUUUGACGAGAUUGACUUGAACUUCAAGGAAUUAAUGGCUAUGAUUGUUAAAACAAAUAAUGUAAUUGAGACAACAAACAGCCCGGGAUUCCUGGAAAAAUUAGAAGUCCUUCAACAAAGGCUGACUCACUGUGAGAAAGCUUUAGCUGAAUAUCUUGAGACUAAGCGACUCUCGUUUCCAAGAUUUUACUUUGUUUCUGCAAUGGAUUUAUUGGAAAUUAUUUCCAAAGGAGGUCAACCAAAACAGGUGACAAAGCAUUUGCUUAAGCUAUUUGAUAAUUUAGCUGAUUUAAAGUUUAGAAAUAAUGACAAGCAUGGCGAUACAUGUGAAGCAGUGGGAAUGUACAGUAGAGAAGGAGAAUAUGUGCAGCUUUCAAUGCCCUGUUUCUGUGAAGGACAGGCUGAAUUUUGGCUGCGGAAUCUCGAGGAGUCAAUGCGAACUACAGUACAGCAUGAAAUCAUGGAAGCAGUUGCAGCAUGCGAAGAGAAACCAAGAGAUCAGUGGUUGUUUGAUUACCCAGCACAAGUGGCUUUGACUGGCACUCAGAUUUGGUGGACCACAGAUGUUGGUAUUGCUUUUGAACGUCUUGAAGAAGGUUUUGAAACUGCUUUAAAAGAUUACAACAAAAAACAAAUUGCUCAGCUAAAUGUUCUUAUAAACAUGCUACUAGGGGAGCUCACCCAUGGUGAUCGUCAGAAGAUUAUGACAAUCUGUACAAUUGAUGUACAUGCCAGAGAUGUUGUAGCAAAGCUCAUAGCACGGAAGGUCACUAAUAGUCAAGCAUUCGCCUGGCUAUCGCAACUGCGACAUAGAUGGGAUGAUAGUCAUCGGCAGUGUUUCAUUAAUAUCUGUGAUGCCCAGUUUCAGUAUUCAUAUGAGUACCUUGGUAAUACAUCUCGGUUGGUAAUUACACCUCUGACUGACAGAUGUUAUAUUACCUUAACCCAAUCUUUACAUUUGACAAUGAGCGGAGCACCAUCAGGACCUGCUGGGACAGGUAAAACGGAGACCACUAAAGACUUGGGACGGUCUCUGGGUAUUAUGGUGUAUGUUUUCAACUGCUCUGAACAGAUGGAUUACAAGUCCAUAGGAAAUAUUUAUAAAGGUCUCGCACAAACAGGAGUAUGGGGAUGCUUUGAUGAAUUCAAUCGUAUUUCAGUGGAAGUUCUUUCAGUUGUAGCUGUACAAGUCAAGACCAUUCAAGAUGCAAUUAGAAACAAGAAAAAGCGAUUUUAUUUUCUCGGAGAAGUUAUUGAACUGAAACCUUCUGUGGGUAUAUUCAUUACCCUAAAUCCUGAAUAUGCAGGGAGAGCAGAACUUCCUGAAAACCUGAAAGCCCUAUUCAGACCUUGUGCAAUGGUGAUCCCAGACUUUGAACUGAUCUGUGAAAUAAUGUUGGUCGCAGAGGGAUUUAUAGAUGCAAGGCAGCUUGCCAGAAAGUUUAUAAGUCUCUACACACUUUGCCGCGAGCUAUUGUCAAAGCAGGACCAUUAUGACUGGGGUCUUAGAGCUAUAAAAUCUGUAUUGGUAGUUGCAGGAUCACUGAAGAGAGGCGAUCGAAACAGACCUGAGGAACAGGUCCUAAUGCAUGCUCUUAGAGAUUUUAAUCUACCAAAAAUUGUCACCAAUGAUGUUCCUAUCUUUCUGGGUCUGAUUGGUGAUCUUUUCCCAUCAUUGGAGGUACCACAAAAGAAAGAUAUCAAUUUGGAACAGAUGGUGCGCCAAUCUAUUUCAGAACUGCACCUGCAGCCAGAAGACAACUUCAUAUUAAAGGUUACACAACUUGAGGAGCUGUUGACAGUGAGACAUUCAGUUUUUGUUGUGGGUGGUGCUGGAACAGGCAAGAGCCAAAUAUUAAGAACUCUUCACAGGACUUAUGCCAACAUGAAGUUAAAGCCAAUGUGGUGUGACAUAAACCCCAAAGCAGUGACCACAGAUGAAUUAUUUGGAUUUUUGCAUCCUGCUACACGUGAAUGGAAAGAUGGCUUGUUUUCAACUAUGAUGAGAGAACUUUCCAGCAUUGUACAUGCAAGUCCAAAGUGGAUUGUUUUAGAUGGAGAUAUUGAUCCAAUGUGGAUAGAGUCACUCAACACAGUAAUGGACGAUAACAAGGUACUGACUUUAGCUAGCAAUGAACGUAUCUCUUUAUCAACUUCCAUGCGGUUGCUUUUUGAAAUCAGUCAUCUACAUGCAGCAACUCCUGCAACGGUAUCCAGGGCUGGUAUAAUAUGUGUCAAUCCUCAGGAUUUAGGGUGGAGUCCAUAUGUCACUAGCUGGAUUGACACUCGCAAAGCCCAGUCAGAACGAGCUAAUCUUACUAUACUAUUUGACAAGUAUGUUCCCUCCUGUCUGGAACAAGUCCGUUGUAAUCUUAAAACCAUUACUCGAGUUCUGGAGAACAGUAUUGUGCAGACUUUAUGUUCGCUAUUAGACUGCCUAUUAACUCCAGAAAAUACUCCCCCAGACUCUCCACGUGACAUCUACGAGAUAUACUUUGUUUUUGCUUGUGUCUGGGCUUUUGGUGGAGCAUUAUUUCAAGAUCAACUAAUUGACUACCGUGGCAAAUUUAGUAGAUGGUGGACCAAAGAAAUGAGAGGCAUCAAAUUCCCAUCCCAAGGGACAGUCUUUGAUUAUUACAUUGACUCUGACACCAAAAAGUUUACUCUGUGGACAGAAAAAAUUCCGAAAUUUGAAAUGGAACCCGAUGCCCCUCUACAGGAUGUACUAGUUCACACUCAAGAAACUGUCGGCCUUACGUAUUUCAUUGAUUUACUAGUGAGGAAGGGAAAACCGGUGAUGUUAGUUGGAAAUGCAGGGGUAGGAAAGACUCUCCUUGUAUCAGAAGAAGUUUCAAAGCUAAUUGAAGAUUAUAUUAUAACUAAAGUUCCUUUCAACUACUACACAACAUCUGCCAUGCUCCAGAGAGUUCUCGAGAAACCUUUAGAAAAAAAAGCCGGAAGAAAUUACGCUCCUGUAGGCACUAAAAGGUUGAUCUAUUUCAUUGAUGAUCUUAACAUGCCUGAAGUAGAUGCCUACGGCACUGUCCAACCACAUACACUAAUUAGGCAACAUUUAGAUUACAGCCAUUGGUAUGACAGACAAAAGUUAGUUCUGAAAGCGAUUCAUAAUUGCCAGUAUAUUGCUUGUAUGAAUCCUGCUGCUGGCAGUUCUUCUAUUAAUAUGCGUCUUCAGAGACAUUUCUCUGUUUUUGCAGUCAAUUUCCCUGGAGCAGAUGCGCUGGCCACCAUAUACAGCAACAUUCUUAAUGCACAUUUUCAAGAACACAGUUUCACUCACAGCAUAAUAAAAAUUGUUCAUACUGUUGUUCAGGCUGCAAUCUGUCUUCAUCAGAAAAUGACUCAGAACUUUCUGCCUACAGCAAUUAGAUUCCAUUAUAUUUUUAACCUACGAGAUCUGUCCAACAUUUUCCAGGGUAUACUAUUUGCAACUUCGGAUUGUGUUCGGUUACCUUCAGAUGUGAUCCAUUUAUGGCUUCAUGAAUCAUCCAGAGUCUAUGCUGACAAACUCAUGGAAGAAAAAGAUAUUGAACACUUCUACAAAAUCCUUAUGGAUACUGCAAAGAGAUACUUUGAGGUUAUUGAUGAACAUAUUUUAACCCAAAAGCCAUUGAUUUACUGCCACUUUGCCCAAGGUGUUGGAGAACCCAGAUAUUUGCCUGUAACCAGUUGGAAAAAGCUACAUAGAAUUCUUACAGAUGCCCUGGAGCAUUAUAAUGAACUGCAUGCAGUGAUGAACCUUGUCCUAUUCAAAGAAGCAAUGCAACAUAUCUGUCGGAUAAGUCGCAUUUUGGAGGCUCCACGAGGCAAUGCCCUUUUAGUUGGUGUUGGAGGAAGUGGCAAACAAAGCUUGUGCCGUUUGGCUGCAUUUCUCAGUUCGCUGGAGGUGUUUCAGAUUAUACUACGGAAAAACUAUGGCAUUCCUGAUCUCAGGAGUGACAUUGCUGCUUUAUAUAUUAAAGUUGGAGUGAAGAACAUUGGCACAGUAUUCCUUCAUACAGAUGCUCAAAUACCAGAUGAACGAUUCCUUGUUCUAAUUAAUGACAUGUUGGCUUCAGGGGAUAUUCCAGAUUUGUUCAAUGAUGAUGAAGUGGACAGUAUUAUAUCUACCAUGAGAAUGGAGCUUCGAGGUCUUGGAUUAUUGGACACCAGAGAGAACUGCUGGCAUUUCUUCAUUGACCGAAUUCGACAACAGUUAAAGAUUGUUCUAUGCUUUUCUCCUGUGGGAUUUGUACUUCGGAUGAGAGCAAGGAAAUUCCCAGCUGUAGUGAAUGGCACAGCCAUUGAUUGGUUUCAUCCAUGGCCUCAAACAGCACUGGAAUCUGUAAGCCAUACUUCUAUUGAAAAAAUUGAUGGACUGGAGACUGAAAUGAAAUCUUCUAUUGCCCAGUUUAUUGCUUAUGCGCACAUAUGUGUGAAUGAUGUUAGUGUGAAAUAUCAGCAGAGUGAAAAACAUUACAACUAUACCACUCCAAAAAGUUUCCUAGAACAAAUUAAAUUGUAUGAAAACCUGCUGAAUAAGAAAAGAAAAGAACUAACACAAAAGAAGGAGCGCCUGGAGAAUGGUCUUCAAAAACUACAAACUACAGCUUCACAAGUAGAUGUUCUGAAGGCAAAACUAGCUAUUCAAGAAACGGAACUUCACCAAAGAAACAAAGAUGCUGAGGCACUGAUCACCAAAGUAGGGCAGCAGACUGAGAAACUGAAUCAAGAGAGAGCUGUUGCUGAUGCUGAAGAGCAAAGGGUGACUGCCAUCCGAGCAGAAGUGUCUAAGCAACAGCAACAAUCUGAAGAAGACCUCGCUAAAGCUGAGCCUGCACUUUGUGCUGCAAAUGCUGCCUUGAACAUACUAAACAGGUCAAAUUUGACAGAAUUACGAACUUUUCCAAAUCCACCUGCCAUUGUUACCAAUGUAACUGCUGCAGUUCAGGUGCUUUUAGCUCCAAAUGGGAAAAUUCCGAAAGAUCGAAGCUGGAAAACGGCUAAGAUGUUGUUAACCAAGGUGGAUGAUUUCCUACAGGCUAUUGUUAACUUUGAUAAAGAGCACAUACCUGAAGCUACUAUUAAAGUUAUAAAGGAAGAAUAUCUUGAAGAUCCUGAGUUCAAUCCAGAGUUUGUACGUACAAAGUCAUCAGUUGCUGCUGGACUCUGCGCUUGGGUUAUAAAUAUUAUUCAAUUUCAUGAGGUUAAUUGUGAAGUGGAACACAAACGUAAAGCACUUGUGCAAGCUAAUUCUGAUUUAGCUGCUGCUGCAGAGAAGCUUGAGACCAUUAGAAAAAAGCUUGCAGAACUAGAUACAUGCUUGACUGGAUUAACAGAAGCCUUUGAAAAGGCCACAUCUGAAAAAGUCCGUUGUCAGAAUGAAGUGAAAAGAACCAAUAAGACAAUUGAACUGGCGAACAGAUUAGUGAAAGGGUUAGAGUCAGAGAAUGUACGCUGGGCUCAGUCUGUCACACAAUAUUGCGAUCAGGAGAAAACUCUUUGUGGAGAUGUUCUUUUGAUGGCAGCUUUCAUUUCUUAUGCUGGCUCUUUUUCAAAGAAGUAUCGAUUUGAGCUUGUUCAAAAUAUGUGGAUGCCUUACCUAAGAAGUCAAAAGGCUCUAAUUCCAAUGACUGAAGGUUUGGAUGCUGUUGCCUUGCUCUCAGACGAUGCAACAAUUGCAGCCUGGAACAAUGAAGGCUUACCCAGUGAUAAAACAUCCAUGGAAAAUGCCACUAUUUUUUCUAAUUGUGAGAGAUGGCCACUUUUGGUUGAUCCUCAACUUCAGGGAAUCAAGUGGAUCAAAAGAAGAUAUGGCACAGACUUGAAAGUCAUUAAUUUGGGUCAAAAAGGAUAUUUGGAUAUUAUAGAAGAAGCACUUGUUGUGGGAAAUCCUGUUUUAAUAGAAAACAUAGAAGAGACCAUUGACCCUGUGUUGGAUCCUCUGCUUUGCAGGCUCACCAUUAAAAAAGGAAGGUACAUUAGGAUUGGAGAUAAAGAGUGCGCGUUUCAUCCUAAUUUCCAUUUAAUUCUACACACCAAAUUAGCUAAUCCUCACUACAAACCUGAAAUACAGGCACAGACUACAUUGAUUAACUUUACAGUCACUCGUGAUGGUUUGGAAGACCAGCUACUUGCAGAAGUGGUGAGCCUUGAAAGACCUGAUCUGGAACAGCUGAAGUCUGAACUCACCAAGCAACAGAAUGAUUUCAAAAUCGAACUGAAGCUACUUGAGGAUGAGCUUUUGACACGACUUUCAGCUGCAGACUGGAACUUCUUGGGAGAUACAUUACUGGUGGAAAAACUUGAAACAACAAAGCACACAGCAGUUGAAAUAGAAAUGAAGGUGCUUGAAGCUAAAGUUAAUGAAAUAAAGAUCAAUGAAGCUCGUGAACACUAUCGUCCAGCAGCUGUCAGAGCCUCUCUACUCUACUUUCUAAUGAGUGACCUUAAUAUGAUCAAUCCAAUGUAUCGAUUCUCACUAAAGUCAUUUGCUGCUGUGUUUCAUAAAGCUGUACAACAGGCUGAAGUGUCGGAUGAUGUGAGAGUGAGGGUAACUAAUUUAAUUGAUGAGAUCACAUAUUCAACAUUCACCUACAUUAACCGCGGGCUGUUUGAAAGGGAUAAGCUUACCUUUACCGCCCAAAUGACAUUUCAGAUUUUACUUUUGAACAAGGAAAUAGAUGUUCAUGAACUUGACAUCUUGCUCAGAUUUAAUAUUGACCUUAAUUACAACAGUCCUGUGGACUUCCUGCCAAACACAGCAUGGAGUGCAAUAAAGACAAUAAGCUUUAUGGAUGAGUUUCGUGGAUUGGAUAGGGAUAUUGAAGGUUCAGCCAAACGUUGGAAAAAAGUUGUUGAAUCUGAAUGCCCAGAAAAAGAAAGGUUUCCUCAAGAAUGGAAAAAUAAAAGUUCCCUACAGAAGCUUAUUAUGAUGCGUGCUUUGCGUCCAGAUCGUAUGACAUAUGCAAUCAGAAAAUUUGUGGAAGAAAAGCUUGGAACAAAAUACAUUGAAGGGCGUCAAACAGAAUUUGCUAAAACAUUUCGGGAAAGUGAUCCAGCAUCUCCAAUUUUCUUUAUUCUCUCUUCUGGAGUCAAUCCACUGAAAGAUGUAGAAGCCUUAGGAAAUAAACUUGGUUUCACCAUAGAUUCUGGAAAACUACACAAUCUAUCGCUUGGUCAGGGACAAGAAGCAAUAGCUGAACAAGCUAUAACCAAUGCAGCUCAAGAAGGACACUGGGUUAUUCUGCAGAAUAUUCACUUAGUAGCUAAAUGGCUCAGCAAUUUAGAACAGAUUCUUGAGAAGUACAGUGAAAGAUCCCAUCCAGACUAUCGUGUGUUCAUGAGCGCAGAAUCUGCUCCAACUCCUGAAGAACACAUUAUUCCACAAGGAAUCCUUGAGAACUCAGUUAAAAUUACUAAUGAACCACCAACUGGUAUGUUAGCGAAUCUCCAUGCGGCUUUGGACAAUUUUGAUCAGGAUACUCUGGAUCAAUGCUCUCGUGAACACGAGUUUAAGAUGAUAUUAUUUUCACUGUGCUAUUUCCACGCCUGUGUUGCUGAACGGCGUAAAUUUGGCCCUCAGGGCUGGAAUCGAAAAUAUCCUUUUAAUAUUGGAGACCUAACUAUUUCAGUCCAUAUUUUAUUCAGCUACUUAGAAGCUAAUUCUCAGGUACCAUGGGAAGAUUUGCGUUACCUGUUUGGUGAAAUUAUUUAUGGAGGUCAUAUUACUGAUGACUGGGAUAGAAGACUAUGUCGUACUUAUCUAGAAGAGUACAUGCAGCAGAACCAGUUUGAAAGAAAGAUGACUCUGGCUCCUGGUUUUGUAGCUCCAUCAAAUCUUGAUUACAAUGGCUACCAUAGGUACAUUGAUGAAAUAUUACCACCUGAAAGUCCUGUACAUUAUGGUCUCCACUCAAAUGCAGAGAUUGAAUUCCUGACUGUAACUUCAGACAGACUUCUCCAUACUUUAUUAGAAAUGCAGCCCAGAGAUUCAGUAACUAAUGAAGGAGCAACACAAACUGUUGAAGAAAAGGUAAAGACUAUUCUGGACGAUAUAUUGGAAAAGCUACCAGAGGAAUACAAUAUGACUGAUAUAACCUCUAAAACAGCUGAGCAUUCCCCUUACGUUCUGGUCUGCUUCCAAGAGUGUGAAAGAAUGAAUAUCCUAAUUCACGAAGUGAGACAUUCAUUAAAGGAACUAGAUCUGGGGCUAAAGGGUGAGUUGGCAAUUUCCUCUGAGAUGGAGGUACUACAGACAGCACUUUUCUUUGAUAAUGUUCCUGACACCUGGACCAAGCUGGCAUAUCCAUCAACGUACAGUCUAGCACAAUGGUACAGUGAUCUUCUUCUUCGUUGUCAUGAACUGGACAUCUGGACACAGGAUCUGACCCUUCCUAGUGUUAUCUGGAUAUCAGGGUUUUUCAACCCACAAUCUUUUCUUACUGCUGUAAUGCAAAGUUUGGCAAGGAAAAAUGAGUGGCCCCUGGAUAAGAUGCACCUGAUAGUGGAUGUCACUAAAAAACUGAAGGAAGACUUUGCACAACCUGCCAGAGAAGGAGCAUACAUUUCUGGACUCUAUAUGGAAGGAGCACGCUGGGACAUCCAGAAUGGCCAUAUAGCAGAAGCCUGGGUGAAAGAACUGACACCUCUGAUGCCUGUCAUAUUUGUUAAAGCAAUCCCCAAUGACAAACAGGAAAUGAGAAAUAUCUAUGAAUGUCCUGUUUAUAAGACAAAACUUAGAGGACCUACCUACGUUUGCACUUUCAAUUUGAAAACAAAAGAGAGAGCUGCAAAAUGGAUUCUUGCUGGUGUUGCAUUAUUGUUGUGUGUUUAA